AUGCAUCGUAAUCAAGGUGUUUUAACAGCUUUCUUGUCCGACUCCGAUUCUGAUGAUCUCGAGAUGCUCGUAGAAGCAACUGAAGAGGAGGAAGCCGAGAAAGAAAGACAACGCACACAUCGUCGUGGUUCAGUUCCUGGUAGAUGCGUCAUUAAUCGCGAUAGAGGUGAAGGUCAUAAUAGAAUUUAUCGUGAUUACUUUUCUGAUAAUCCUGUAUAUCAUGGUGUUUAUUUUAGGAGAAGAUUUCGCAUGCACAAACCUCUAUUUUGUAGAAUUCUUUCUGAUGUUGAAGCAUACGAUCCAUAUUUUGUCCAAAAAAAAGAUGCAGUAGGGAUCCCCGGUUUAUCAUCUCUUCAAAAGGUAAUUGCUGCAUAUAGAAUUCUUGCUUAUGGAGUUCCAGCUGAUUUUCUGGAUGACCACAUACGCAUAGGUAAAAGCACUUCUAUUGAGAGCUUACGUCAUUUUGUGAAAGCAAUCGUUGCCAUUUAUGCUGAAAAAUAUUUAAGAGCACCAAAUGAAGAUGAUUUGUCUCAAUUGCUCCAAGUCAACGAGCAACGUGGAUUUCCAGGAAUGCUAGGAAGUAUCGAUUGCAUGCACUGGGGAUGGAAAAACUGCCCAUCCGCAUGGCAAGGUAUGUAUUCUGGUCAUUAUCGUAAACCGACCAUUAUAUUGGAGGCGGUUGCUUCACAAGAUCUUUGGAUAUGGCAUGCCUUCUUUGGAAUGCCAGGCUCGCUCAAUGAUAUUAAUGUUUUAGAAAGAUCUCAUGUCUUCUCAGCAUUGACCAACGGUCGUGCACCUCCGGUCAAUUUUAUUGUCAAUGGAAAUAAUUAUCAUAUGGGCUAUUAUCUAGCCGAUGGCAUUUACCCUUCAUGGGCUACUUUUGUUAAGACAAUACCAGCUCCAAUAAGUUUAAAGGCGAAGCAUUUUGCACAAGCCCAAGAAGCCGCGAGAAAAGAUGUAGAACGGGCCUUUGGGGUACUACAAGCUCGUUAUAAUAUAGUGCGUGGACCAGCAAGAUUCUGGGAUGAGGAGACACUAGCUAAUAUAAUGAAAGCAUGCAUUAUAAUGCAUAACAUGGUUAUUGAGGAUGAACAUGGGCCAGGUUCCAUUGAUUUUGAUUUUCCAACUCCAAAUGUUAUACCUUCACGCGAACAAACAAAUGAAUUUAGAGACUUUAUUCAAAUUCAUCACCAAAUCCGAGAUCGUACUACUCAUUCCCAACUUCAGCAUGAUCUUGUUGAACAUUUAUGGGAUUUACACGGUCAAGAUUAG